ACAAUAUUAUAGUAGGAAUCUAUGGAAUCGGCCUAAAUAUUAUGCAUAUUUGUUUGGAGAAAAUUUAUAGUUACUGGAAUAAAUUGAUUGUAGAAAUCGGAGCAACGUAUUCGGGGAUUGGGAUUGUGCCAUGGACCAGCUGUCGAUCAACCAAAAGGUGUUUAUCAGACGAUCCGAUGGCAGAGUUCACUUGGCAGGCAUCAUCAAACUGGAGGGAGGUUCCAGUAAUCUGGUGACGGUGGAGUGGCCCGAAGGACUUACGAUGCGGGGUAAGGAACUGCCACUGGAUCUGGUGGUACUGAUGAAUCCCCAGAUCUUUGAUGCUCCCCGCUGCAGCGGAGCACUGGCCAACCAAACGGCCUCCAUACCUCCACGUUCCAAGAAGCAACGGAUGACGGCUGGCAGUUUUCCACCACGAGUGGUCACAACCAAGCCCCGCCAGGUGCCACCUGGUAGCACCUCGAUUCCAAAUCGACAGGCUAAUGUGGUGAUUCAGGUCGAUAACAUGCGAAAACAACGGGAACGAAGGAGGGAACUCCAAAGCCGGGUUCGUCAAAUGCGUGAGAAGGCAAAGAGCGAAGAUCCGGGGAAUCCCGACUGGGAGAUAGCCAGGAUGAUACGCCAGCAACGUCUCCAGACGAAGAGUCAUCCUGUCAAGAGCCGCACUUCGGAAGGUCCCACCAAGGAACACCAAAUAGUGGUUUGUGUGAGGAAGAGACCACUGGGUCGCAAGGAGCUGGCAGAUCGGGAACUGGACGUGGUCAGUAUUCCGUCGAAGGACAUGUUGGUGGUGCACGAGCCGCGCAAGCACGUGAAUCUGGUUAAGUUCCUGGACAAUCAUAGUUUUCGUUUCGAUUAUGUCUUUAAUGAGGAUUGCUCGAAUACCACUGUCUAUGAAUUCACCGCACGUCCUUUGAUCCGGCAUAUUUUUGAGGGCGGUAUGGCCACCUGUUUCGCCUACGGACAAACCGGAAGUGGCAAGACCCAUACGAUGGGUGGACAGUUCAUCGGAAGACGACAGAGCUCCUUGGACGGUGUUUAUGCGUUGGCCGCAAACGAUGUGUUCAGCAAUCUUACCUCAACAUCUUAUGUAAACUUGAAGUUGGGCGUCUCCUGCAGUUUCUUCGAGAUCUAUGGAUCCCGGGUGUACGAUCUUCUGAUGCCGGGCAAGCCACAAUUGCGGGUCCUGGAGGAUGGCAACCAGCAGGUGCAAGUGGUGGGUCUGACCGAAAAUGCCGUGAAAAACACCGGGGAAGUACUGGCACUACUCGAAUUGGGAAAUAGCGUACGAACCUCGGGUCAAACGUCGGCCAAUUCCAAGUCCUCGCGAUCCCAUGCGAUUUUCCAAAUUGUGCUCAGAUCCUCGACGACUGAGCGUUUGCACGGGAAAUUCUCACUCAUAGAUCUGGCUGGGAAUGAAAGAGGGGCGGAUAAUAGUUCGGCGGACAGGUUAACCCGGCUGGAGGGAUCGGAGAUCAACAAAUCCCUGCUGGUCUUAAAGGAAUGCAUCCGCGCUCUGGGUCGCCAGUCGACUCACCUCCCCUUCAGGGGCUCCAAACUCACCCAAGUCCUUCGGGAUUCCUUUAUCGGAGGCAAGAAGGUCAAGACCUGCAUGAUAGCCAUGAUUUCACCGGGUUUGCAUUCGGUGGAGCACACUUUGAACACCCUACGUUAUGCGGAUCGGGUGAAAGAAUUGACUGUAGAGGGUGUUGUCCCAAAACGACUGAUCAAUCCUUUGGCCUCAGCUUCCAGUUGCGAAAGUAGCUUCAUGCCAAACAUUAUCAGUCAGUCAGAGAAUCAUAAUGUCUUUUUAUCUGCUUCAUCCAUAUCGCUACCCGGUCAAAGGGUCCAACCUCAGGAUAGCAGUAAUGCACCCAACGACUUAAAUAGAAACCAAGGAGAACAAAUCCAUUAUUCCACGCCAGAGCGACCUUUGACCCAAAGGAAUUUGCGCUCCAUCAAGAAAGCUUCUUCAAUGCUGGCCAAAUCCCUAGCACGAUUUCGAGGGCGUAACAUUUCCUAAAACCCAAGAAACAAAUACCCAUCAGGGUCUGGACACGAUUUCUACAACUAUUUAAUUUAAUUCAAUUGGAUAAUUUGUCAAAAUUAUGUGGUGAGACUUAAAUACAUAAUAGAUAACAAGAACAAAUUUA